AUGAGUGCUUCAUUGCCAAUCAACUUUCCACCGCCUGACUCACCAGAAUACGAUGAAAUCUCCGACACAGAGAUCGACCGAUAUGUCUCGAAAACGCUAGUUGGCGACGCUGUCCACGAGAUGGACAUCAAGUUCGGCGUUUUGAAAGCAAUUCUAGAGGAGUAUGCGGUGUGGUGUGAGAUUCGAAUCGACCCGAUAGUCAUGAUGUACUUUGUGCACAAAUUUCACACCGAGUGCGCCCUGUACAUGCUGCAACACUAUGGAAUUCACGUCGAUGUUCGGCGAUACGAGAAUGAGCUCAUUCGUCGUACGGAGGACCCAAAUUGGACGGACGCGCAAAAGCUCAAGCGCAAAGUACUGCAAAGACGGAAAUCAAAUUCGACAAAGAAGAAAAUUUGCGCGAAAAGGGUCGGAGACGUCUUCAACGAAUUGUUGGCUGGGGAGUUUAACAAUGUGCUCAAGUGUGGCUCAUUCAGCAUUGCGAAAAUCUCGGCACUCAUCGAAUGCUCGAAAAGUAAACGCGACUUUUUCUCGAGGACUCUUUGCAAGUAUGACAAAUAUGGGGAAUUGCCUGGACUGCUCGAGAAAGUGCUCGUCAACAACUGGAUUUCUUUCUUUUACUGCCUGCCACUCAAUGGCUUCGGCGAGUCGGACACGCUGAACGAGUACGAACGAGUACACAGAGAUCUUCCGUUAAAUGUUCCGCCCAGCACCCACAUCACUUUCCUGAGCGAUAUAAAAGAGUGGUUCAUCCACAUGAAAAAUAGGCGAGAACGGGAAGAACGGGGGCGAAGAGGAAAUGAGGAGAGACAACGAGAAGCCGAGAUAUUGAGGAAGCGGGAAGAUGAGAACAACUCGAGGAAAAGAUUCUCUUUGCUGGAGCCUGGAAGUAUCUUCUACAGGCUUCUACAGGCUACAGCUAGCCUCUUUGGAAUGACCCCCGCCGUAUCGAGGGCAUCCACAAGCGAU